AUGAGAAAUAUCAUAAUCUUGGAAGGAACCAAAUCAGAUUUUGAAAUAGCAUUGCAACCAGAAUCAAUCAAGAGCAUACAUAACACGAGCUUUAAUGGGUAUCAAUGUAAAGAAAAAUUUAUGAAUCCUGUUCGGGAUUACAAUGGAAUUGAAGAGCACGAAGAAGCCGAACGGGUUUCUAAUCGUAGACAAUGUAGAAUUGGGGGGAAUAAUACACCCGCACCAUCUACUAGGGAAGUUGAACAUGAAUUAGGUCAAAUAUUGCCAGGUAAUCGAAGAAGCCGAAGAACUUCCAUUGAUAGUCGAAGAAGUCGUAGACGGUCUGCAUCUUCAUCUCCACCCCGUGAUAUAAUAAACGCUAAUACAAACAAUCCUGGUGUGGAAAAUCCUGAACAAAAUAUUGGUUAUGCUGGCUCUACCGAAACAUCAUCUCUUCAACCGCCACCUUAUGAGGCCACAGAUGGAGCGCAAAAUAAUUCUUCAGAAAUAAAUCAGGGCCAUGUCGUUUCUAGCCAUGAAGUGGCUGUCUCCGGCAAUAAUUUAACACCUAAUUUGCUAAAUACAUUCUUAUCUCAAAACGACAGUGAUGUUAGUAUGCACGAUGUAGGUAGUCAACCACUGGAAUAA